AUGGAACGAUCAUCCGCGUCGGCCUCAUCGUCGGUCAACAGCCGGCGCAACAAGUCAUACUCGGCGCGGAAGUCGGUGGGCAGAAAUGUCUCGUACGCCAAACGAUGCAACGUCUCCGAAAGCGAUGCGUAUUCGUAUGCCUUGAGGGCUGCUUACCUGCACUAUCUGCUGCAACCCCGGCAGAAGCGGACGCAACAUGUCGCCAACACAUCCAAGCCCAUUCAGCGGAGUAGCACGUCCAUCAACGACAUGGUCAAGGACUUUUCCCUCAUCCGCGAUAGUAAGAGCACAAGGUUCCCUCACGGAUUCAUGGCGGCGUUGGAUAAACGAAUCACGGGAGUGUUGGUGGGACAGGAGAAGAUGGCGGAAUACAAGGACCCGCUGGUCAAGAGAACCUUUGCCACCUUUCUCAACGAAUUCAAGAAUCCCACCUUUCGCAAGAGCAUGGAAAAGGAUCGCAAGGUGGAGGAUCUCCUGUUGAUCUUCUUCUCCAAAGCUACCAGUGAGCUGCAAAAGGGAAAGGCCGCAGACGAUGACGGCUGGAAGUUGAUGGUAGAUAGACAUGUCGCUUUGUUUGUCCGAUUGAUCAGCGGUACCCUCACACACAACGACUGGACCCGGGAUCGUCCCGAAUUGACCAGUCGGCUGAGGACGCUCGAGACCAAACUCCUCCAACACGACCAAGACCUGGCCGAAUCUUCCCAACGAGGCGCCGGCCAGGGAGGUACCAGCGUGGAGGUCGAGGUACCACGCACGUAUGAUGUUAAAGACAUGCCGUUGGUGAUACGAGUGUGUAGAAUCUUUGCAAAGCCUACCGUACAGGCGCAGAAUGACAUCAACGCCAACAAGCAUGUCUGGACGGAGCAGGAGGCCCUGAAGGACUUGAAGCAGUACCAGAGUCAUCUCAUGCUCAACACAAGGGUCACCCUAUCAAAGGAAGACUUCGAUCUGGAUGACUGUUUCGAGGCGUGGCGAAAGGGCGAAUACAGUGAUCUCAGCCAGAUGAUGCUCGCCUUGUUGCAAUCCGACCCCACCCUUGCCAAGGACUCUUCGGGUGCCAGUCUGGCUGCAUACAAACCUCCCGCAUCCAUCGGUAGUGAUGGUCCCUCCUCCCCGGUGGAUCCCACCUCGAUCAAUCUCGUCGAUCAAUUCGUCGAUAUGAGCGGCUUGAAUCUGGAUGAUGCUACUUCCCCCACGAGAGACUCUGGCACGGCAUCGGUUGAGGGAAGUGCUGCAGACUUUACCUUUAUACCUCCCGAUACGAGAGCCUACUUCCGCGCUGCUCUCAAAGCCGCACUCACCCACGACUUGGAAGAUGAAGAUCUCCAAGCAGAGGCUGGACCUGAAGAAGCUCCAACGUUGAAACUUCUCUCUCCGCAGUCGGCAGAUCUUCUCAACGAAUUGGCCCUCCGAUGGCGUGUACCGCACUCCUCCAGGAUGGUCCUCCUUCUUGACAUCAUCCGGGAGAAGUUUCAAAACUCUGAAAUUCCUCUCUCAACGGUGGACACAGCAUUCGACAUGAUGCGAGAACCGCCAGCAGAAACCAAAAAGAUGGGAGGGAAGACUUCCACCCUCCUCAUACACACCAGUUUAUACGACAGAAGUAGUAAAUGGACAGUCCACGAUGCUGCAACGAUGCAGACCAUUCUUUCCAACCUCCACGACGCCUUCCUUCGAGAGCUUUUCGAGGUCUUUCAGCAUUGCUACGAAAGCAAGCCGCCCAGUAUUGGAGAUGCAAUGUACUCUCUUGAUAAGAUUGUCUAUGAUGACCCCUCCUUUAGCAAGAAUCAUGAAGAGCUCGAUGCCUUUUCAUCCAUGAUGUCCGAUCAGCUGAAGCACAAGGCGAGGGAAAAGUAUCAUGACCUGCUCGCGAAGAAUGUUCCCGACGACUCUGCAAAGUGGGAGUUUUACAAUGUCAUUCAACUCGGGCAGGCAGUCACAAGUCUGUGUCAAAAGAUCCAAAAGCGAUAUCGCAAGAAUCCCCAAAUCAUGGGCGUACAGCCGCUGACUAUCCUGAUGGAGGAGAUUCUCCCUUCCUUCGCAAAGGAUGCCAAAGAACUGGUGGGCCGAAUCAUGGAGCUGUGCAAGUCUCGGAAUGAAGAGGUGCCCGUGCAGGAUGGGUUCGAAUUGUACAAAGAGCUGGUGCAGAUUCGCGCCGUCUACGCCCAAGCACUUCCCGGGAGGGAGUUUGGCUUUCACAUUGAAGGUCUCUUGCAAGACUUUGUAUGGCGCUGGAUCGCCAUGACGGACAGCAAGCUUCUGGACUGGGUCGAGGGCGCCGUGGCUCAUGACGAGUUUCAAGUCCGACAGAGCGAUGCCGCCAAGGAAGCCGGUGAACCUCCUGCAGAUAAUGAGAGACACUCUCAGAGUGUGUUGGAUGUCUUUCACAUUUUCAACCAGAGUAUUGAUCAGAUCAUCACUUUAUCAUGGGAUGAUGAUUUGCAGUACGCCAAAUUCAUGACGGCCAUUUCCAAGUCGAUUGGAAAAGGUGUGGCAAAGUAUUGUGAAUUGCUCGAGGCCAAAUUCGCUCGCGAGAUGGACCGUCAAACCCCGGAACAGGAAGCUCGAGCAGCGCAACAGACUCAAAAAGAGAAAUGGAUGGCAGUUGCUAGGGAUGUCUGGGCGACGGGAGGUGCGGGUCCCAAAAUUGAACCCUUCCAAUUCUGGCCCGAGUCUUUUGUCAAGAUUAAUGACAUUGAAUUUGCAACCCUUCAACUUGACAAGUUGGAGGCGGAGAUGAAUGUCGACGCUUGUGUGGCGGCGAUUAAUAAAUACGAACCUCCUCCGCCGGCUAAUGUCCGAAGACGACACGCGGGAGGGACCAAGUUCAUGUUCACCAUCAAAAUCAUCGAAGCGGAAGACCUCAAAGCUGGUGAUAUGAACGGGCUGAGUGAUCCGUAUGUCGUGCUGGGAGAUGAGUAUCAGAAGCGACUUGCCAAGACGAGAACUGUCUAUCAAUCUCUCAAUCCAAGAUGGGACGAGACGGUUGAUAUCCUCACCACCGGCCCACUCAACRUCAUUGCUACCGUCUGGGAUUGGGAUGUAUUGGGAGAUCAUGACUGUCUGGGGAGGACCAGUCUGAAACUUGACCCCAAUCACUUCAACGACUACCUACCGAGAGAGUAUUGGUUAGAUCUGGACACACAAGGACGAGUCCUGGUUCGAGUGUCGAUGGAAGGCGAACGUGACGACAUUCAAUUCUACUUUGGCAAGGCUUUCAGAACGCUGAAGAGGAGUGAACGGGACAUGACCAGGAAGAUUACCGACAAGCUGAGUGCAUACAUUUCUCAAUGUCUCAGUCGGAGGACUUUGCGACAAUUAACCAGUGGGAAUACCGCCGUCUCCACUGCAGCGGGCGUCGCAGGCGUCACAAUCUCCAGUAUGCGAGGAUACUUCAGCAAAGUUUCCGGAAGACCCCUCUCUGUCGCGGCUGGCAAUGCCACCACUUCCGGCGCCCAACAGCAGCAAGGUGGAGGUGCUGGUGGGAAUGUUGCGGAACAAGCUGGCCAAGCACUCAAACCGCUGCUACAAUACUUUGACGAUAACUUUGCGAUUAUGAAGCAGACGCUUACGGAUAGCGGCAUGAUUAUGGUCAUGACGAGAUUGUGGAAGGAGGUGCUCGUCACGAUUGAGGGGUUGUUGGUCCCUCCACUGAGCGAUAAGUUGAGCGCGCAAAAGGCGCUGGGGCCGGUGGAGGUGGAUGUUGUUUAUCGCUGGUUGCAGGUCCUCUUCGACUUCUUCCUCGCCUUCGACCCCGAUCGCGGCGUCGCGGACGGCGUACCCUUGGACGUGUUGAAGAGCCCGAAAUACCACGACCUCCAAAAUUUAAACUUCUUCUACUUUGAAUCCACAGACAACCUCAUCCGCACAUCAGAAGCCAUGGCCAGCGCCACCGCAUCCCGACAAACCGAACAAUCCGCCCGUCUGAACCGCUUGUCCGCACCAGCCGGAAACAGCGCGGCCUUUACCUCUCUUGGAUUGGGAGUAGGGGGAGGAACUCGCCGCAGUAAAUCCAUCCUCCAGAGCAGAAAUUUGGGAACGAUGCGCAAGGCCAAAGAGGCGAAACGGAAGGAAGCCCAAGCGGAUCCUAAUGAUGAUAUGUUGUUGCGGAUCUUACGUAUGAGGCCUGAGGCGGAGAGAUAUUUGAGGGAUCGUAGUCGGCAGAAGGAGAGGUUGGCUGCUGCUGCUGCUGCUGAGGCGAUUGUGAGGCAGAGUUUGGCGGCGGGGAAGAAUUCUGGUGUUGGGGGUGGAGGUGGAGGGCAUGGGAGGGGAGGGGGAAGUUUGGGUGGGGGGAGUUUGGUUCGGAGGGCUGUUGGGUCGGGGAGUAGUGGUGGCGGUGGUAAUGGCGGUGGUGGUGGGGCCGGGGUGAAUGGGAAGUUGGGGAGGGAGUGGGGUACUAUUCGGGAGUGA